ACAUGAAAGCAUUUGAAUGAGUGCAUGUUUGAGUGGUUAAAGUAGAGAUGCUCCAACAAAAUUCAAAGCAAUUCCCAUUCUGAUAAAGACCCAGUACCCAACUUUCUUCAUCCACAAGCCUCUAUAGUCUAUAAACCUUACAAAAUGCAGUAUAAGGCCCCCACCACUACCACUCAAUUCCCUGAGAAAAUGGCUGCAAUUGCUCCAGUUGCAAUAGGCACUCGAGGCACUGUAGGAUCACUAGUCAGAAAGGAAAUCGAAUAUUUCAGAAACCUCGAGAUAGAUCGACAUGGAAGCUCCCGAAAGCCUCAAGGGCAGAUUGUGGACGUGGCUUCCACCAGUGAUCAUUCCAGGCCAAGUUUCUGGUUCUUGAUUAUGACAUGGAGAAGGAAGAAGCGGAUCAGAGGCACUAAUGCAAUCCUGCCAAGGAUGUGCUCGGUUGUUGAAGUUGCAGAAAGCAAUCGGCUGAACAGAAUCCCCGGUUACAAUUACACAAUCCUCAAGAAUGACUUGCAAGUCUAGAUGAUGCUUCCUAAGCUUUUGUUCUAUGGCUCAAACAAUACUUUUUGCCUUUGUUUAUCUUUUCUUUUUUUUCCUAUGUUUUCAGUCCAGACCUUCUAGGAUGAUAUCUCUCUCGUCAGUUCCACCUAUGUUAAGUGCAAUCUUUUUGAAUGAUGGUGUCAGAGUGAGCGUAAGGAUCCAUUAAGCACAGCUUUUUGAACAUCAUGCUGUUUCAGAUGCUCCUAGGCUGAUGGCUAAAUCUGAUAAUAAUCUUCAAAGAUUGUGCUUUCUUGGAGUGGUAUAGUACCAAAUGCUGGAGUUUCUUGUUUUCUCUUGGAGAUUGUGGUGUGCCUGCUGUGGAAAUCAACAUGACAACAACUAUCCUGGUAAUUCCUAUAUGUUUGAAAGCUUGCAAUGACUCAAAAGCUUUAAUUGCCCGCAAUGUUACUGUGUCUGAAGUUCCCACCAAGGAUCAGCACAAUCUUCCAACACAAUGAAAAAGGAUUGAAUCAAAUCUAGAUUGCUAGAUUCUAUUGAUAUGGCGUUCAGAGAGAUUAUGAGCUAUAGCAGAAAGCUGCUAAGUCUGUGAACCUCUCAUCCCAUGCAGGAAUGAAUUUUUACUUAUUUGAUCCGUACUAGGACUGAAACUAUUAUAACUUUUUUUAUUCGUACAAUGUUUUCAUGUAUCCAGAAAGACAAACAGAAGUAGAGGUCUAUUGCAAUUCCAUUUUAUUUUGCUGAA